CACAGGAAGGUCACACCAUCCCCCACCAUCAUCAGGGUGAAGAUCUGAUGAUCAUAAAGACUGAGUGUGACGUAGAAGAGACAUAUGUGAGGGAUGAUCAGCAAUAUACAGAGGAGGCUGGAAUGACAAGGAAAUUCAUAGAGGAGGACACUCCUACAGAGAUCAGCACAGGACACGCCAUGGAGAAACCCUCAAAGGAUCGUCUCACUUUAUCUCCAGGUUGUAAAAUGGAAGAUGAGGACAUCACAGGAGAUUGUGGAGGAGAAAAGACAAUGAGCUCCACUAUGGAUGGAGGACUUCACAGUGUGGAGAGACCAUUGAAUCCCUCCGACUCUGAGCAACCUCGUACUGUGAGGGGUGGGGCCGGGAUUCAGGGGGAGGGGAAACCUUCCUUUCCUGAAUGUGAGGAAAGUUCUAGCUCUGAAUUACGUUUUUUUAAGCAUCAGAGAUCUCACACAGGGGAGAGACCGUAUUCCUGUUCUGAGUGCGGGAAAUGUUUUUCAGAGAAGUCCGAUCUUUACGUCCAUCAUAGAACUCACACAGGGGGAGAGGUGCAUUCCUGCUCUGAGUGCGGGAAAUGCUUUAAAUGGAAAUCAGAACUUGUCAAACAUCAGAUAUCACACACAGGGGAGAGAUCAUAUUCCUGUCCUGAGUGCGGGAAAUGUUAUUCACAGAAAGCAACACUUGGCAGGCAUCUAAAAUAUCACACAGAUGAGAAGCCUUAUUCCUGUUCUGAGUGCGGGAAAUGUUUUUCAGAGAAGUCCCGUCUUUACAUUCAUCUUAAAUCCCACACAGGGGAGAAGCCAUUUUCCUGCUCUGAGUGCGGGAAAUGUUUUCUACGGAAAUCAGAGCUUUACAGACAUAAAAUGUCUCACACAGGGGUCAGACCUUAUUCCUGUUCUGAGUGCGAGAAAUGUUUUACGCAGAAAGCAACACUUGUCAAACAUCAAAAAUCCCACACCGGUGAGAAGCCAUUUUCCUGCUCUGAGUGCGGGGAAUGUUUUACAUUGAAAUAUGAACUUGUCAGACAUCAAAGAACUCACAGAGGAGAGAAGCUGUAUACCUGCUCUGAGUGCGGAAAAUGUUAUAAAAAAAAAACAGAACUUGACAGACAUCAAACUUCUCACACAGGGGAGAGACCAUAUUCCUGUCCUGAGUGUGGGAAGUCUUAUCCGCUGAAAUCAACACUUGUCAGACAUGUAAAAAUCCACAUCGGUGAGAAGCCGUAUUCCUGUUCUGAGUGCGGGAAAAGUUUUUCAGAAAAAUCCCAUCUUUAUGUCCAUCAUAGAACUCACACAGGGGAAAAGAAGUAUACCUGCUCUGAGUGCGGGAAACGUUAUGACCGGAAAUCAGAACUUGACAGACAUCAAACUUCUCACACAGGGGAGAGACCGUAUUCCUGUCCUGAGUGCGGGAAGUCUUAUCCGCUGAAAAUAACACUUGUCAGACAUCUAAAAACCCACACCGGUGAGAAGCCGUAUUCCUGUUCUGAGUGCGGGAAAUGUUUCUUAGAGAAGUCCCAUCUUUACAGCCAUCAUGUGUCUCACACAGGGAAAAAUAAAUGAUAAUAAAGAUGAAAAAGGUAAUUCUUCCUUGUGUGCGGGAAAUGUUCCACUGAAAUCAGAACUUGUCAUGCAUCAAAGAUUUUACAUGCCUGAGAAGCCGUAUUCCUGUCCCCAGUGUGGGCAGUGUUAUCCGCAGAAAUCAACACUUGACUGACAGUAAAAAUCCCAUAAGGGUGAGAAGCCGUAUUCCUGCAAAAUUUUUUGUUUCAUUAAAAAUCGUUAAGCUGAA